GCUGUGUCGGUGCGCUUGACGUCAGCUGGUGUGCAGGCAGAGGGAGGCUUCUGCUGAAUUCAGGGAACAGAAAUGGACAGUCAAGGGAGAAAAGUGGUGGUUUGUGACAACGGAACAGGGUUUGUGAAGUGCGGCUAUGCAGGAUCCAACUUCCCCGAGCACAUUUUCCCGGCGCUGGUCGGCCGGCCGAUCAUCCGCUCCACAGCUAAAGUUGGCAACAUUGAAAUCAAGGACCUGAUGGUGGGGGACGAGGCCAGCGAGCUGCGCUCCAUGCUGGAGGUGAACUACCCCAUGGAGAACGGCAUCGUCAGGAACUGGGACGACAUGAAGCACCUGUGGGACUACACGUUCGGCCCCGAGAAACUCAACAUCAACUCCCGCGACUGCAAGAUCCUCCUGACCGAGCCGCCCAUGAACCCCACCAAGAACCGGGAGAAGAUCAUCGAGGUGAUGUUUGAAACGUACCAGUUCACGGGCGUUUAUAUCGCCAUCCAGGCCGUCCUCACUCUCUACGCUCAAGGACUGCUGACCGGCGUGGUGGUGGACUCCGGCGACGGCGUGACUCACAUCUGUCCGGUGUACGAAGGUUUCUCUCUGCCUCAUCUGACCCGACGUCUGGACAUCGCAGGAAGGGACAUCACGCGCUACCUCAUCAAGCUGCUGCUGCUGAGAGGUUACGCCUUCAACCACUCGGCCGACUUCGAGACGGUGAGGAUGAUGAAGGAGAAGCUUUGCUACGUGGGUUACAACAUCGAGCAGGAGCAGAAGCUGGCGCUGGAGACCACGGUGCUGGUCGAGUCGUACACGCUCCCAGACGGACGGGUGAUAAAGGUCGGCGGUGAGCGCUUUGAAGCCCCCGAGGCGCUGUUUCAACCUCACCUCAUCAACGUGGAGGGAGUGGGCGUGGCCGAGCUGCUCUUUAACACCAUCCAGGCCGCAGAUAUCGACACCAGGUCUGAGUUCUACAAACACAUCGUCCUGUCCGGAGGCUCCACCAUGUACCCCGGCCUGCCUUCCCGCCUGGAGCGAGAGCUGAAGCAGCUGUACCUGGAGCGGGUGCUGAAGGGAGACGUCGACAAGCUAUCGAAAUUCAAGAUCAGGAUAGAAGACCCCCCUCGCCGUAAGCACAUGGUGUUCCUGGGCGGCGCCGUGCUGGCCGACAUCAUGAAGGACAAGGACAACUUCUGGAUGACACGGGACGAGUACCAGGAGAAAGGGACGCGCGUGCUGGAGAAGCUCGGAGUCACCGUCAGAUAAAACACAAACAAAAACAAAAACACUUCCUCCCAUGAGUCCCUCCAUCCGCCCCCCCACCCCCCCCC